AGCAGCUUUGCAGCGUUUCGAGAAAAUCAAAGUCGUCUUUGUCUUUUGUUCACGCUUUGCGCAGUCCCACGCAUACGUCAGCUCUUCGCGCUGAGUGAAACUUACUCUUUGCCUCCACCACGGUGUUCUUCUUGGGUGUUGCGUUGUUUGCGUUGACGAUGGCGACGAUUGCAUGUAGCUUCCGUCUUUGGCAAGGUUUGUGGCACUUUUUAGCUUUGUUGUUCUCAAACACAACCAUACUAUUUUAAAGACUAAUCACAUCAAACAAUCCAAAAUGAAGUGCUCUCUGUUUACCCUCGCCGCAUCCCUCUUGGUGGUUUCAUCCUCUGCCUUUGUACCGCCUCCAUCCAACAACAAUGGCGUGAAAAAUACCGCCCUCAACAUGUCCCUCGAUGAUCCUGUUGCAUUCGCCAAGGGAGAAAUUGAAAGCAAUGACGUAAUGGUAUUCUCCAAAAGCUACUGUCCCUACUGCGAUGCUACCAAGAAGGUCUUUGAUCGAAUGGAUGGAGUCGAUCCCAAGAUUAUCGAGUUGGAUUUGGACGAUAAUGGACCCGCCAUUCAAGAUGCCUUGCUGGAAAUCACAGGACAACGAACGGUACCAAAUGUCUUUGUCAAGGGGACUCAUAUCGGUGGAAAUGACGAUACCCAACUCGCUGCCAAAAUGGGCAAAAUCAAGAAAAUGUUGGCCGAGUAAAAAAAUCGAUUGAAUGAAUGAAUGGACGAAUGAACAAACAAACAUGCAGUACGAAUGAAUCAAAGGGUGGACGAUUGAACAAAACCGAUUGAACACUCUCCUUGUCGGUGUAGAAACAUAACCUGUCAAGGAGAAGGGCAGAACAUACCGGUACAGUACAAUCAGCUAGUAGGAGAAAACCCAGCGUCUGAUAUGAGUGGUUUGGUACAAUAGUUUCUAUGUUAUUAUAUUACUCUUUACCAAAAGCGUACUACUCCAACAGGAUCUCACAAACAAUAUAUUCUUCUUGUGGUCUCC